AUGCUCCGGCGACAGGCAAGAGAACGACGGGACUAUAUCUAUCGUCGUGCUCUUCAACUUCGAGACGCAAGCAUUGCUGAAAAAAGGGCCUUGCUAAAGAAGUCCUUAGCAACUGGGAAACCACUCGACCCAUCGAUCGCAAAUGAUAAAAGUCUUCGAGAAGAUUUCAAAUACGAUGAAUCCCUCGACCCUGAGACCGCUGCUGCCCAAGACUCCAUCGAUGACGAAUAUGCCAUGCUUUCAGGACUCUCUGACCCCAGGCCGCUUGUCACCACGUCGCGAAGCCCCUCAACACGAUUAAGUACUUUUUCCAAAGAAAUCCGACUCCUCCUUCCCACGUCAAUCAGAUUGAAUCGAGGCAAUUUGAUUCUUCCCAAUCUCCUUGCCAGCGCAAAGGCCGCCGCUUUGAGUGACAUUAUCCUCCUUCACGAACAUCGAGGGACUCCGACAGCCAUGACCAUCUCCCAUCUUCCACACGGCCCCACGGCUUCCUUCUCCCUUCACAACGUUGUUCUGAGAGCGGACAUUCCCGAUGCGUCCAGAGGCACCGUCUCCGAAUCAUAUCCACAUUUGAUCUUUGAAGGAUUCACCACCCGACUGGGUAAGAGGGUUGUUCAGAUCUUGAGGCACCUCUUUCCUCCAAGGGAUGGCCCUCACAAACUUGGCAAUCGAGUGGUCACAUUCAAGAACGUGGAAGACAGCAUUGAGGUACGACAUCAUGUCUUUGUACAGACUGGGUACCGGGACGUGGAACUGGCUGAAGUUGGGCCCAGGAUGACAAUGAGGUGUUUUGAAAUUAGGGGGGGCACACUGGAAAAAGACUCGGGAGGGGACGUUGAAUGGGCAUUGACUCAAUACACCAGGACAGGCCGGAAGAAAGACUAUCUAUGA